AUGGACUCACAGAGGAACACAGAGAGACAAGGUGACAUACACACAAUGGCCACCACCACUUCUCACCAGUCUAUUUUCAGAUGUCCUAUUUGUCUUGAUGACUUCGCUGACCCUGUCUCCAUCCCUUGUGGACACAACUUUUGCAAACUCUGCAUAAACACCCACUGGGAUUCAGCAGACAUUAUCCUGUGUCCACUUUGUCAGCAAGAAUUCAAGAAAAAGCCGCAGUUGAGCGUUAAUGUCCUGCUCAGAGAGCUCAUUGAGCACAAACAGAGAGAUAUUCAGAAAGUUCCAGAGACCGAGACCAAAACUCAGGACAUUUUUUGUGAUGUGUGUACUGGAGAGAAGGUGAUGGCAGUCAAGUCCUGUCUGCACUGUGAGGACUCUUUUUGUUCUGAGCACCUGAAACCUCACCAAGAAGAUGCUGAGCUAAAGACUCAUGAGCUGCUGGAUCCUGUUGGCAAGCUGAAGGAGAGGGUCUGCAAAAAGCACAGAGCUCCUUUGGAACUGGUCUGCUAUCAGGACCUGACUUGUGUGUGUUUGUCAUGCAUCAAAUCAACUCACCAAGGCCAUAAGUGUGUCCCAUUGAAGAAGCGCCUGAAUAAGAAGAAAGCCCAGAUAGACAAAGAAUUGGCAGAGGUGCAGCAGGAGAUCAACUACAGAAAAAAGCUGGUAGAUACGUUUGACAAAUCAAGGACAUUCAAUGAGGAGAACACCAGAGAAGACAUUACAGACACCCUGAAGAUCUUUACUCACAUGGUACAAGUUGUAAAGAUGAAUGAGGCGACACUUGUGACUGCCCUCACCUUGCUACAGAGAAAAGCUGAAAAUCGCAAUGAGUCUGUCAAAGAAAAGCUUGAAGAGGAACUCAGUGAACUGAAGGAGAGAAAAAGUGAGCUGGAGCAGCUCUCUCAAAUUGGGGAUGAUCUCUGUCUUCUUCAGAGUAUGAAUUCUCUAUGUGAACCACCCGAUACCAACGACUGGUCUGAUGUCAGUGCCUACAGCGAUUCAGCAGUGGGGUCCAUGCGAUGUGCUGUCAGUAAGACAUUAAUGGAGCUUCACGUUGCAAUGACUGCCAAAUUGAAAGAAUUGGUUACAAAAGUGGAUGUAGUUCUGGACUCCGAUACAGCAAACAGUCUCCUCAUUGUGUCAAAUGAUGGGAAACAAGUGAGGCAUGGAAAAACUCCUCAGAAACUACCAGACAACCCAGAAAGGUUUGACACUCUUCUCGGUGUCCUGGGAAAAGAAGGCUAUUCAUCUGGUGCCUUCUACUUUGAGGUGCAAGUUGAAGGCAAGGCUAGUUGGGACAUUGGGGUUGCCCUGGAAACAGUCGACAGGAAGAAGCAAUUUGAUGUCUGUCUGAGCCAAGGUUUCGCUGUCCUUAUGCUGCGGGAUGGGAAGACACUUAAAGCUUGUAACCAACCCCAAGUGGAGCUUAAUCUUCCCAUGAAGCUCAAGAAGGUCGGGGUGUUUGUCGACCAUGAGGAGGGAGAGGUUUGUUUCUACGAUGUCGAGAAUAAGGCCCAUAUCUUCACCUUUAGUGGCCAGUUUCCCAAGAGGAAAUUACACCCUUACUUCAACCCCCGUACCCAACAUGAGGGCAAUAACUCAGCCCCAAUGGUAAUCACUCCCAUCAGUUAA